GUUGUUAGAUUGCAAAACAUGGCUGAAGCUAAGGAAGCGUUGAAUCUAGUUGCUCUAGCUAACGAAUUCGCAAGUCAACAGGCCAGUACGUGGGAUCCCUUACACAGCAAAGACUGGGAAAAGGAAACCCCAACGACGAGAUGCGUACUGAGAAUAAAAAGGGAUAUCAUGACUAUUUACAAUGAACCACCUCCUGGAAUGUUUAUUGUCCCGGAUAAGGAAGAUAUCACUAGAAUACAUGCACUUGUGACAGGACCAUUCGACACACCAUAUGAAGGUGGAUUCUUCUACUUCAUCAUCAAGUGUCCCCCAGAUUAUCCGAUUCGACCGCCACGUGUCAAAUUAGUGACAACUGCUGAUGGACAAGUGCGAUUCAACCCCAACCUGUACAAGAAUGGCAAAGUGUGUUUAAGUAUACUGGGUACGUGGUCCGGUCCGGCGUGGAGCCCUGCUCAGACACUGUCCAGUGUUCUCAUGUCCAUACAAUCACUCAUGAAUGAGAAGCCUUAUCAUAAUGAGCCGGGCUUUGAGCAGGAGCGGCAUGCGGGUGACUGCAAGCGAUACAAUGACUGCAUACGACACGAAACGAUUCGCGUUGCCGUCUGUGAUAUGCUGGAGGGCCACUACUCCCUCGCAUCGCAAUGUCCAGCAGCACUAAAGGAUGUGAUGGAGAAAUCAUUUCCUGAGUUUUACGAGUAUUACGAAACAACGUGCAAGACCAAUGAUCAUCUGUCAGGACAGCCGAUGCAGGACCCAUUUGGCGAGCGGCGAGGAAAGUUUGAUUUCACGGCACCACAGACGCGGCUACAGAAGAUCAAGACAAGGCUAGAGGAAGAACGUCGCAAUGAGAAGUCAUCAGAUGGCGACACCAGCAGCGAGGACAUCUCCGAGCACGACAACACAAAUAGUUGAUAAUCCGGAAUCAGAAGGCAGGGUACAUAGGUGGCGCCACCUAUUGUGUAAUAUGAGCGUUCAGGGGCAUAGCUAACUCAUUUUGCUUGGUGGGGGGGGGGAGCCACGUGCAGUUUGAUUUUUGGCAGUUGUGCCGAACUGUGUGCAGUUUGCCACUGACCAUGAAAUAGUAUAUGUAUCUUGCCCCCCUCUCCUUCCCUGGUUAGCUAUGGCCCUGGUGUUAUAGAGUUGUGUCAGCACGUGUGUGAUACGAGUGAGUGUGAGAUGUGAUAUAAUCGUUAUGAGAUGGUACCUUGGUUGUACGACAGUGAUGUUACACAGGCUUAAUGUCCAUGUGGUAAGAUGUAGGAAUGUAUGAGCAGGGGUAGAAAUCAGUUUGAAAAUUUACAGGCCCAUCGGCCCUGUAGGUAAGGGAUUUUACAGGCCCGCCAGGCAAAUUUUACAGGCCGGGGACGGUUUUGCAUGCUGGGGAUGGAUUUUCUAAGGGCCCGUCGGGCUUGCUAGUAUUAGCAAUGUCAGGCCCGAGCCUUAGAAUACGGGUAUCGGGCCCUCGGGCCCCUUAGGAUUUUGACCCAUGUAGGAGUGGUAUGCAGGGUAGAGCUUCAGUUCUGUGCGGAAGGAAUGUGGCACAAGGUGAUCUUUCCUUGUGUGAUUGGAAUGUGAUACUUGGUGGGACCCUCUUCUUAUAUUGGAAUGUCUUAUUGGUUGAGACGUACUGAUAUUAUCGUGAGUGUAUAACAUAGGUCUGAUGUAUAAUCUCUAUUAUACACUCCUGGCGCAAUGCCCUUAUCUGUAAGUAGAUAUUGGUCACCAGCUGGCAUUCCUUUAUAUGAUUGUGGCAGCUAGCUAAGACUGUAUUUUCAUGGAUGCAGGGAGUUGAGCACAUACAAUUCACACAAUACGUUGUACAGCAUUUAAUAGGGCUUUCAAGAUUUCGUUUGUAACUCCGAGAAUUUGCGAUGAUAACUGAUAUAAAAGUGUGUGCCAGUAAACAAUGUUUCCUUCCUGACUAUAGUAUUGCACAUCGAGAGAGAUGUGUGAGUCUUUGCUGAGGUAAUGCUGUUUAACAUAAGCACAAAUAUUCAUUGCAGUAAUGCCAGUUUCUAAACAUUGUUGGCAUUGCUCUGCACUAUCCUCACUAUUGUUUGAAUAUAUUGUUUUAAUGAAAUGUGUCUGUAGUUUAUUAUGUAAAAUGUCCUAUUAUAAGCUCAUAGGCUUUAAAUCGUGGACAAGCUGUAAGUAGAUUGCUGGAAUUGCAUGCUCUAGGUUGAACUAGUUUACAAAACAAUAAUUUGUUGUAAUUGGAUGGCAUCUUACUCCAUGUCAUUGCUUUUGCAAUAGCUCUAACAAUCUAUUAGAAAUUUCGCAGGAAUUGUCUUGCUUGUCUGUCUACAGCUUUAGUUGCACGCGCUACGGUUAUAUCUGUAGAUAUUAACAAUCGUUGGAUAGCAUCGGGUAUAAUUCAAGGAUGUACAUGUAUUGUGAUUAUAGCCCUUGUAAUUGUGUGUUGUAAGAUAUUGAAAAUUCGCUUGCAUAUUUAUGUUAUGUUGAUCUGCUGCAUACUAGAACUUUUCUAUAAGUUUAAUAAACGUUUUUAAUGUCUUUAAA